UCCGUCGCGCGAACGUAUCGGACAGAGACGCAGCGUCGUGAGUAUUUUGGCAGCCAAACAUUUAGUGCAACGGCAGCAGAGCAGACGUCUACAAUACGGAAACACAGCCACAUGAGUGGUAGAGUGAUCUUCACACAGUUGAAAUCCGUCGUUAAUUGUUGACAAUUCGCUAAGUAAGCCGUGUUCGGUGAUAGUGCAGUGCAUCCAGUAAGUGUUUACGCAAAGUGCGCCACAACAGACAUAAACGUUGGUUUGUUUGGGGGUGCCAUACACGCACACCUUUCGUUGACCUAUAAAAUACGCGUUCGGGUAAUGCGCACGAAGAAAGUUGACGGUGUGCCCUUGGAGCAUGUUGCAUAGUGCAAUUAUCGCGAGUACGUACACGUGACAAUGUCCGUUAAAAGUGUUGGCAACAAUCGCGGGGGUGAGGUACUCCGCUCUGGCUUCCUCAAAAAACUAAAAACCUCACGCAAGAAGUGGUUCGUUUUGAGGGCCGAGACCCCCGAGUGUUCCGCCAGGCUCGAAUACUACGACACCGAGAAGAAAUUCAACGCGGGGCAGGCGCCCAAAAGGAGCAUUCCGCUGAAGACGUGCUUCAACAUCAACAAGAGGAUCGACACCAAACACAAACAUGUCAUCGCUCUCUACACCAAGGACGAUUGUUUUUGCGUCGUGCUCGAUUCCGAGGAAGAGUUGGAUGGCUGGCUGAAGGCCCUGCUGUCGCUUCAGCACGGCGAGGAAGCGGUUGACGGGGAAGAUCCCAAACCCACGUUCGAGCACGUGUGGCAGGUGGUUAUCUUGAACAGGGGCCUGGGAACGGACAGGAUAGGCAACUACCGAUUGUGUCUCACAGACAAGACCCUCAGCUUGAUUAAAAAAGAAGGCAAUAACUCAGCCAUUACUCUGAAUCUGUCCAAUAUCAGGAGUUGCGGCAGUUUGAAGAACUACUUCUUUCUAGAGGUUGGUAGAUCCAGUCUUUUGGGUGCAGGAGAACUAUGGAUGGAGUCUGAAGAUACCAACAUUGCUCAAAACAUACACACCACCAUAUUCCAUGCAAUGUCAACUAACAAUAAACAUGAUGAGAUGAGGAUAAGGUCUUCUUCUGCAACAGAGUGCUCUAAACCUAACAACGCGUACAGAAAACAAGUCGUGUCUGGCUUGCCCAAAGCGCCUUAUUUCAUUCAAACAGUCGGCGCCACGCCCUGCGUGGGGACCACAAUCAGCCAUCAACGCACUCAAUCACUGCCUCUCACCGAAAACCCGACCACCACAUACGCACCCCCCACAACAGAUUACUUCCCCACACACCCUUCUUCACGAGCCACCACCAACAACACCACCAAUGUCAAUAAGCGAUCCAACCAAUCUGCAAAGUGUCGAGAACGCUGCGACAGCAUGCCUUCGCGUCCGAGGACCACCAGCGAAGGUCCCCACGUCAUUCCGGCGGCUUGCAGACCCUAUCUAACCCCCCACCGUUCCCACGGUCAAGACAUAUCCCACAGCCCACCAAGCGGGAGCCCCCUCAGCCCUCCCAGCGUGGGCUGCUCCACAGAUUCCAUGGGAUCGUCUUACAGCCUGACAGAUGAAACCGACAUGUGCAUGGGGAACGAAUGCCCCGAAACCAUGAGGUACAGCGGCCCAUUGACUCCAGACGAGGCCAUUGCUGAGGAGGAUUGCCCGGAGAGUCCUUGCGGCAUGUAUGGAAGCUACGUUCCCAUGGCGCCCCCUAGUUCCGACGAUGGCUACGUCGAUAUGUCGCCCCGAAGUCGCCUCAACACUCACUCGCCGUCUGUUAGUGUCAGCAGCGUCGUUUCCGGAACCCCCUCCACCGACAUUCGCUUCUCCGACUACCCCCUCGACAAGGUGUCCUCCUACUUCGUGACUGAAAACGAUGACACCAGGCCAGCCAGAGCUUACUCCGUGGGAUCCCGCCCCGAAGAAAACCGCGACAGGCGUCACGUCGGACUGGCCGGAACCCCAGAAGACCCUCGGGUUAGGUCCUUCAGUAUGGGAUCGAAGACGAAAAAGGGCCCCAGUAGGUUGCUGCAGCAUCACCAGCACGCGGGCGGCAAGUCGAUCAGCGCGCCGCUUCUCUCGAACUCGAGAAGCCACAGCUCGAUCGAUCCUAUGGAUAACUUGAUGGAGAUGGACUUCUCGAAAGGAUCCAACAACGCGCUCAACAACAACUCCACCAAGACGCCGAGCGGAUACGUGGAGAUGAAGCCCGGCGUGGAGAUCAUUCCCAGAAGAACGGACCCUUCGCCAUACAUGGACAUGUCCGGGUCGGCGCCGUACAUGGACAUGAGCGGAGGAUCUCCUAAGACCACAGAGUACACUUCAUUCGUCGACAUCAACCGCCAGUACCGGCUACCGAUGAACAACAACUACGUCGACAUGGACCACAGGAAAAACAAGGUGAAGACUGCCACAUCGCCGGCAGUGAAUGCUGAUUACCUAGACAUGACCGCUAACCAGCAGUCGAGGAGAUUGGAUCGGAGCUCCUCAUCCGCCUCCUCGCCGAAGAACAGCGACUAUAUGCCGCUGAGCUUUUUCCAGCAGGACCAAGCGAAGACUCCCGAUGGGUAUGUAGAGAUGACACUCGGCAAGAAGCACCAGAGGCAGAGCAGCUUGGACAGCAACCACAUCAACGCCGGUGGGAACGAAGACUAUCUCAACAUGUCGAUCGGACCGAAAAAGAAGCCAGUCAAGAAGGAAAAGGCGAUGUCCCAGCCGAUAUCCAUUCAUCCCACUACCUCUUCGCAAGUUACGAAAAAUUCUUCGAGUCCCAUCUCCUCUUUGCUAUCGAGGAAAUCUUCCGGAGGCUCGUCCCCAAAGAUGCACUUACCAUUGUCUACUUGGUCGACCCCGUACUCGAGCCUUCCCAGGCAAAGAGCUAGAAAGGACUCUAGAGACAGCUCAAGCUCUAGCCUCACCACUCCGAGUAGCUCUAGUACCAUUUUUCCCAUGAGCUUGAACAGCCCCAGUUCUCCGAUGAAACCGGCGAAAAUUGAGACUUCUUCCGCUCUUAAAUUUCCGGCCACCCUAUUGAACGCCUUUUACAAGAACAACAACAAAACUAACUCCUCCAGCAAUGACUAUGCUCCCAUGGAUUUCGAGAUCAGGAAGAAUGGCAAAGAGAACAAUCCCUCGGACUAUGUUAACUAUGCGCCGGCUGUCGAUAGAACCGUUGUCGACGAUCCCAUGAGCGAUUACGCAAUGAUGCAGCCGGGGACUUCCGAGCCGUCUAAAGUGUCCCCGCUCAGACCGGUUUCGGGAAGUUAUGAAUCUGGCACUUCGCCUUUGAUCGGACACUUGUCUAUGAUAGGCAUCAAGGAAAGUCAGUCGAUGUGUUUUCGGCCCAUCAAGGAGGACCCCAAGACCCUGUCGAUGAGCGGUGGAGCUGUCGUGGAAAUGGAAAAACCCUCGACCAACAAGUCAUCCUCGGCGCCCGAAACCUCAGAACCCCGCUCUUCUAGCGAAUGCGUCUCCCCUGCGGCAAAAAUAUCCCGCCCAAACUCUGUCGACGGCGACAAACCUGCCGUCGCCACCCCAGCUCGUCCCUUGGACGCUGCCAAGGCUGCCACUUCGCGACCCAAUUCAACGUCGAGCGAAUUGUGGUCGAGUUCGUCGACGCUGGUCAGUUCGCGACCGGAGUCCGUCAAUUCUGACCGCGUGCAGGUCGACAACCAGACGGAAAAACUACAUUACGCGAGCUUGGACCUCGCGCAGGCUCAGGAGGAGGAAGAGAGCUGCAGUCCGAGGUCGAGCAUCGACCCGAUUGUUCCCGAAUCCACGUUCAUCUACGCCGAGAUAGACUUUAUGAAAAGCGAAGGCUUGAAGCAGAGCAGCAGUCAAACUUUGCUGAGUAACGCUAAGGUUAAGCAUUAAUUCAGUGGAUUUAGGUUGUAAGACCGUGACCGGAAAUAUGAAAUGUUCUCUGGGUUUUUUCACUAGCAGUCGAUGAGACUCUUGGCUUUAAGAAAGGUGUAAAGCUAAAAAACUUCCUAUUUUACGUACUGAGUGAUGAAUAAUUUUUACACGUUGGUUGCCAUCCUAGCGCUGAAAAAUAAUGGUGAGUUUACUCGAAAGUGGUCAUGCAGUACUUGGACGUUGAUAAUAAGUUUUUAAAGGUUGGAAUUAACUUAGUUGCGCUAAGUAGCCUAGAAGCAAUGUUGUAUAACUACUAAUUUGAAAAAGAAGUUUAUAUAUUUUACUCAUAGAAUCUGGAAAUUCAUGCUGUUCAAAAUGUUGAAUCAUGCUAAUACAAAAAAUGUUGAUGAAAAUAACCGAAUCAGCUUAAGAAAAUGGCAGCUAAUGUGUUUUAAAUUUGUCUUGCCUGCAUCUCAAUUUUUUCAUAUUUCUGAAUUUUGAAAGGAGUCUUGUGAAUUUAUUGUCAAUUUUAUCAAACUUCAGAUAAAUCGUUAAUGCAAGUUGGACUUUCAGCAUGAUAGGAGGCUUUGAGAGAAAGAUAUAGAGAAAGAGAGAUAAUUAGACUUGAAUGCUUAUUAGCUAAUGGAAGAGUGUUUGUGAAUGCUUUUGAAAAUGUUAGAAGUCAUACUGAAAGACAAACUCGUAUUUCUGGUUCAAAGGGGUGAUAUAAUUGAUAUUUUGAGUUCAGAAAAGUGAGAAAUAGAAUGUACUGGAAAAAAAACAUUUAUCACUCAAUACAUUUAAUGUGAAUUUGUAAAUAUAUAUAUUGUUGAAUAUUUUUUUAAGAGACGGUGAAGUAAAUAAACCCACCCUUCCUACCCGUGGACAAAAGUGAAUGGAGUGCAGCUAGUUUUUGUAAAUAUUGUACAUACUUUAUUGUUUUAUAUAAUUGUAGCAGAAUUUUCUUUUUUUUUUGUAAAUAUACAGUCAAUAUCUUAUAAGUAGACGUUUUAUAUUUAUUGUUGUAAUAUUUAACGAAUAAUAUUCACAGAUUAAUGGCUUUUCUCUUGUAGGUAGAAGUAAUAUCGUAUAAGGGGUGGGUAAAAAUCGGCUGCGACGCCUCGAAAGCUUAUGCUUAAUUUUCAACUGUUCCUGUUUCGUUUGUCGCCCAGCUGUUUUUCCCACGCCCCCACUAUCAUUUCUAGUGUAGGUAAUCUAAGUUAUUGAAAAGUGAAGGCCUCUUCUGUGUUUAUUUUAGCCAAUAGUUACGAGAAAGUGCAUUUUUGUCUCACAGUUUUUUACGAAAUAGACUGAAGUAGCAAAAUUUUGUCUUUACUCAUGCAGCAGUAGGUUUGUUGGAAAAUUUGAAGUUCACGUCCUUCUGCGGGCUACUGAAUCACUGGUCGCCAUACGCAGGAGAGACGUACAGGGUGUCUGCACAAAAAAUUUUAAUGUUGCGUUUGAAAUCGAAACACUUCCUAAUUGCUGUCAUUUGAUGCUGAGAAGUGUUGGGUUCACUAGAGAUAAAGUGGUCACGAAGUAUUUGAACAUUGAUUAUCAAUUGUCUUAGAUGGGGUUAACUUGAUGGUGCUAACUGUACCAGAACCUGCCUUGCAUUACUACUAAUUUUGAAACGAUAUGCCUUUUUUGAAGGUGAACCCUUGCAUUUCGCAAGCAAAUUAAACCUUGCUUGAUUCGUUUGAGAGAGAAAAUUGUAACCAUGAAAAUUAGUCAGAUUUUGCAGACGCCCUGCCUCUAGUUAGGGUAAUUGAUAGUAACAUUUUUACCGUAUUAUCCUUGUUGAACAUAUCAUCGCACAUGAUUGGACUAUAUUGAUUUUUCUAAUUUUAGAGCGGCAUUCGAUGUGUAUUGGCAUCGUCUCGCUUGCUACGUUUUCUGGGAGGAUUUUUUUUGAUAGGUGUAACUGAAAUAGCGAUACAAUUUUUUCGUUUUUAUCUAUUGGAUUACGUGUUGAUACACAUUUUAGGGAUGUUUUAAAAUGUUGUUGUGAGGUUGAGUAGGCAAUUUUUUGAUGUUAUUGUUGUCGUUGGUGGGGUUUUAGAUGGUUGAAAGUUAUCAGAAAGUCGGGAGUGAGAAAAGUUUACAGAUAGCUUCCGACUAGAUUUAAUGCUCUGCAUUGAAUGAGUGGAUCGUAAUAUAUAAUAAGACUUUUUUCUUAAAAAAAAAGAUCAGUUUUAACAUCAUGUAUUAUUGUCGUUUUGAAAUAAUUCAAUAUUGAAGAUAAGUUGAUUAAUUUCUCAAAAUAUACAGAAGUAUAAAAGAACAACUGUGUGAAAGCUAUUUUUCGGAUUUUUGGCUGUCGUCUGCAGGUUUUUGUGCUUGACGUUUCGUCUACUACUGCGGUAGUAGACGGGAAUAACAACUCGUGCACUGCGAGCGUUGUCACAUCGUCUACCGCAAUAGCAGAAGAAACGUCAAACCAAAAACCAGUUUUUGAUAUAUAGGUACUUGAAAAGUGAUGAAAUAUUGUAUUUAAAUUCUGAAUUGAAUAGAAAUUGAUUGAUUCCAAUAUUUGGAUCUUAUUUCACACAAAUGUAUAGUCAGAAAUUUGAUUUAUUGAAAAUAAUGGGAAAAAAAACAAGUCUUUCAUUCACCAGAUGCAGAUAUUUAGUCAAAAUUGACUUUGAAAAAAUAGUUUUGACUGUUAGUCAAGAAUUAAUUAACUCAGGAUUAUUUGUAUUUUGACUCAGCAAGUUGAAAACUUUUUAUCAAAUAUUAAUUAAGGAAAGUAGGAAAUUUUGUAUUUAAAAGAUAAAAUUUUAAUGAAAACAAUAUGCAGGAUUCUGAAAUAAAGUACAAGAGUAAAUUAAGGUGUGAUAUGUGGAAAAUGAUAGUCAUUUUGGGAGGUAUUCUACCAAAAAAUUUGUUGAAUUCACUUAUUCGUAACCCAAAAUUUUUCAACAGUUGAAAUAGUUGAUCUCUUUUUAAUAAGAAACUAAAUAUUUUGGUGUUGAUAAUUUUGAGCUGAGAAAGAAUGAAGAAUGCUUGCAAAAAAUUGAUCGAUGCAAAUAACUAAAAACCAGCUGUGUUUUUGAUACUUUGUAACCAUCUAAACUGUCCAUCUUGCAACAACCAAGUAUUUUGAAGCAUAGUCUGUUUGAAAUUGAAGAUGAAUAUUUUCGAAUCCUAGAUAAGGGAAAUUUAUUGAAGAUGCGGGUCCUUUGGAGAUUUUGUAUGGCUUUGUUGUAGGUAGAGUUGGAUAUAAUCGAAUGUGUUGAGAUGAGAAUUUUAGUGAAUGUUAUUUUCAUGUACCACUGUGUAUACCCAUUUGGAUUUUAGUGAACCAUCUGAAGCUUUAUUGUUUUUUUUUAUUGUAAUGAUUAUUAUGAAUUAUGAAUAAAUAAUAAAACGAACACACAA